AUGCAGGCUGAAACAAUGCGCUUCCCCUCGUCUCUCUUCCACGUGCAUCAACUCGCGCGUCGGGUGGCGCACUCUGCGAGCGACCGGGGUAGCACGCGCACCAUGCGCAGUCCCCUUCCUUCCGGGGAAUACCAGAUGGCCAGAUGGGUGUGUGUGCCUCCCGUUUCCCUCUGUUUGCGCUCGAGGUGGCGCAUUGCACCACCUUAUCCGGGGCUGAGUGGAGUGCAGGGAGAGCGCGGGGCGCGGCGCAUCACUCCCUCCCUUCCCUUCCCCUUCCCCUCCGAAGUGAAUUCCACUGGAGCGCGUGGCUGGCGCGCGAUCGAGCAGCACUCCCUUCACUUUGCUUGUGUCAGACGGUGGUGGAGGUCGCAAGUACGAGUCCGACCAGCGGCCUCCUUCGUCAUGCAGCCCGGCGGCAGGUCCACCAGCGGCGGUGGUGGAGCUCGUACGUACGAGUCCGACCAGCGGAGGAGUCCCGCCGCCUGCUUCGUCAUGCAGCCCGGCAGCAGCUGCACCAGCGGCGGAGGCCAAGGCGCAGGUGCUGGGAUGCGCGGCGGUGUGGAGAUGUGCGCGUUUGUGGCGGUGGAGGGCAGGAAGGACCGCGCGCAUGUGGCGCACCCGCAAGGGAAGAGCGCGCAGGCGCAGGGGGAGGCAGACGCGGUGGCACAAGGGCGGGGGAACACAGUGGAAGUGGUGGCGGCGCUUGCGCUCAUCACUCGCCUCUCCUGUGGUCCUGUAGCAAGCCGCUCCUGUGGUAUUGUCGCAAGCCUCUCCUGUGGUAUUGUCGCAAACCUCUCCUGUGGUAUUGUCGCAAGCCUCUCCUGUGGUAUUGUCGCAAGCCUCUCUCUUACAGCUUUUGCUCCUGUUCUAGUGCCCCUUGCUGCUUCGCUUGCUCCUCACCUUCCCUUGCACCACUCUGUGCGGCCCUCUGCUCACUUCCAUUCCUCCGUCCCUUAUCCCUGCGUCCCGCCCUGCCUGUUUUUUACACUCCGCUUCACUCAACAGGCACGAACGGGACGGCAGCGCAGUGGCAGCAGAGCUGCAGCGGGUGCUGCAGCCGCACUGCUUGUCUCGCCCUCGGCGAGUGCUGCUGCUCGUGCCCACGGAGGCGCAGCAGCAUAUCAGAAUACUGAACGAGAAUAA